AUGCAAGAAAAUAACCAUCCGGUGGUUGCACCCUCCAAGAUCCCAGCUCAGGGGGGCAAGUACCGUGAUCUCCCUGGCACACCGGGUCAUACUCCUAACAUCACCGAAAUCGACGAUCCGCGCGACUUCGUCAACAUGUAUCGACGCUCUGCCAUCCUCGCUAAGAGGGCUGGUUUCGAUGGUAUUGAGCUCUUGGCUCAAGGGUAA